AACCCCCGCUCAUGACGCGCUCGGUCUGGCAAUCGACUGCAUUCAACUCGCCGACAUACAUUUAUGGAACUCUUCCUACGUCACCGCGUCUAAGUAUCACCUCCCAAGGCUGGAUAAAUACCGCUCGUUUGACGCUCGCCUGCGCAAAUUCCCCUCGUACUUGUUCUGAACCCACCAGACAAAAGACUUUGAACUACUUGCUUGAUUCAUCAUGCUCACCUCGACCUGUGUUCUGAGGCUGCCUCGCUCUGGAGGUCUCGCGUCGCCUGCCGCUGUUCGCGCUGCCGCAAGGCGUACACCGCGUUCUCGACCCUCAGGCGCCCGUUUCCAGUCGUCGUCCUCAUCGUCUUCCUCGACAGGGUCAUCCCCAAGUGGAGCCUCCCAUGUCGCAUCUGGCGUCGCCGGCGGUGUGACUGUUCUCGUAGCAGGUUAUACUAUCUACCAUUUCUCUGACCUCCGCAAGACUGUCCAGGCAGCCAAAUCCGCAAAGAUCUACUUCCAACAAACCAAAGACCAACUAGCCACGACAGUAUCCGAAAAGUUCUCCUCCGACAGCCCCAUGGUCCAAAAGCCGAACGAAGCCCUUCGUUACCUCCGCAACGUAGCGCGCUCGUACGUCGCCGUCGUGCCCGGCCUUUCCUCCUACGUCGACAGUACUUUCGAUUCGCUGGACAAAAUCGCCGCGGACCAUGCGGAUGAAGCCCGCGAGAUCACUCAGGGAGCGUACGAUGAGAUUCAGAAGAUCGUGAAUGAGAGCAAGAGUAAGAGUGGGAACCUGGCGGACGUGGGACCGGAUGCGGCGUUCAAGGUGUUGGACGUGUUGAGGAGGAAGACGGCGGAGUUGUAUGAACUGGGUAAAAAGGCGGGUGGGAGUGCGGUGGAUGAGGUGUUAGAGAAGAAUCCGCAGGUCAAGGAGAAAUUGGGUGGUGGGUAUGAGCAGUUGAAGGGGUUGGUGGAGAGCCGAGGUCCGGAGGCUAAGAAGGCUUUGGACGAAGUGUCGAAUAAGGUCAAGAGCGUCGUCAGCCAGGGACCUAACGCCGAUAAUCUGACCGACCUCGCCAACCUCAUCCGCAAAAAAACCGACCAAGUUCGUCAAAUGGCGGAACCCGCCGCCCAAGAAGCAUGGGACAAGGCCAUCUCAUCCGCACCCUACCUCGACAAGCUCCCGGACAUCCGCCAAAUCCUCGACGAGAAGAAGUCCGCCUUCCUCGCUCUCGGCGCGAGUGCUCUUUCCACCAGCGGCGGUGGUUUGGGCGACGUGAUGGAGAAGGCGAAGGAAAUUGCGGAAGUGAAGGAUGAGAAGCAAAGGAAGGAUAAAGUGCAGAAGCUGAAGGAACUCGUGUUGCAGAAGGCAGAGGAGGCACAGAAGAAGGUGGGAAGUAUGAGUGGUGGGAUUAUGGGCAAGCUGAGCUGGGACUCGGUCGAGGGUUAUGUGAAAUCAUUGCCAGGUGGUGAGAAAAUGCUCGAGAAAGCCCCCAACGCCAAAGCUCUCCUCGAGCUGUCGAAAGACAAGGGCGACGAUGCCGCCAAGCUGGCGAAGGAAACGUGGGAGGAGGUACUUAAGGUUCUAGAAGAGAAGGGCCAGAAGGCUCGCGAGCUUGCGAAAGACACCAAAGAGGAGGGAAAGCAGAAAGCGAAGAAGUGA